UCUUCUGGGAAGGCUUUCCACAAGGUUUAGGAUUGUGUUUAUGGGAAUUUUUGACCAUUCUUCCAGAAGCGCAUUUGUGAGGUCAGACACUGAUGUUGGACGAGAAGGCCUGGCUCGCAGUCUUCGCUCUAAUUCAUCCCAAAGGUGCUCUAUCGGGUUGAGGUCAGGACUCUGUGCAGGCCAGUCAAGUUCUUCCACACCAAACUCACUCAUCCAUGUCUUUAUGGACCUUGCUUUGUGCACUGGUGCGCAGUCAUGUUGGAACAGGAAGGGGCCAUCCCCAAACUGUUCCCACAAAGUUGGGAGCAUGGAAUUGUCCAAAAUCUUUUGGUAUGCUGAAGCAUUCAGAGUUCCUUUCACUGGAACUAAGGGGCCAAGCCCAGCUCCUGAAAAACAAUCCCACACCAUAAUCCCCCCUCCACCAAACUUCACAGUUGGCACAAUGCAGUCAGACAAGUACCGUUCUCCUGGCAACCGCCAAACCCAGACUCGUCCAUCAGAUUGCCAGAUGGAGAAGCGUGAUUCGUCACUCCAGAGAACGCGUCUCCACUGCUCUAGAGUCCAGUGGCGGCGUGCUUUACACCACUGCAUCCGACGCUUUGCAUUGCACUUGGUGAUGUAUGGCUUGGAUGCAGCUGCUCGGCCAUGGAAACCCAUUUCAUGAAGCUCUCUACGCACUGUUCUUGAGCUAAUCUGAAGGCCACAUGAACUUUGGAGGUCUGUAGCGAUUGACUCUGCAGAAAG